UUCUCUUCAGCAGCUCAUUCACUAUAAUUCUCUGGGUCAGUGGACGUUGAUCGCACAUUGCACCAAUAUCAAUACUUUACCCGACCAAUCGUCUUUCCUUUGACCAAUAAUCACCAUCAUCAUGAAGGUUCUCGCUCUUUCCGCUCUUCUUUCUUUGGCUUCGGCCGCCUCUAUCAGCCGCCGCAGCGACUUCUGCGGCCAAUGGGAUACCGCCACCGCCGGUGACUUCAUCCUGUACAACGACCUCUGGGGUGAAGACAACGCCUCCAGCGGCUCCCAGUGCACUGGCGUCGACUCGUCCAGCGGCUCUGAGAUCGCCUGGCACACCAGCUGGUCCUGGGAGGGUGGCAGCAGUGACGUCAAGAGCUACGCCAACGCUGCUCUGCAGUUCACUGGUACUCAGCUGAGCUCAAUCUCCAGCAUCCCCUCCACCUGGAAGUGGACUUACUCUGGCUCCGAUAUCGUGGCCGACGUGGCCUACGACAUGUUCCUGGGCUCGACCGCCGACGCCUCUUCCGAUGAGUACGAGAUCAUGGUCUGGCUUGCUGCUCUCGGCGGUGCUGGCCCCAUCUCGUCGACCGGCUCGACCAUUGCCACCCCGACGAUCAACGGCGUGACCUGGGACCUGUACACCGGCCCCAACGGCGACACCACCGUCUACAGCUUCGUCGCCCAGUCGACCACCGAGGACUUCUCCGGUGACUUGAACGACUUCUUCACCUACCUGGUGGACAACGAGGGUGUCUCUGACAGCCUGUACCUGACCACCCUUGAGGCGGGUACCGAGCCCUUCACCGGCAGCAACGCCGAGCUGAAGGUGUCCGAGUACUCCGUUUCCAUCGAGUAAAUAAAAUCACAAACACCGAGUGUGGCAGGAUACAUACUGAUGAUUUC